CAUCUAGAGCUCAUUAGCCACUGCUAGGGCGUUGGCCUUCACUCUGCAGUGCGACAGACGGGGCCAGGCUCCUAUACUGUUGCCUGCACGCAGUCUCUAGCCUCCUAACUUGACGUAGAUGUUCUGUAGUUGCUGCUGAAGCGUCCCGGACCUGGCUUUCCCGGGCGUCUCGCGGGUAAAUUUUGAACACGCUCGUUGGCGCAAAAUGGGGAAGGCGUCAGCAAAGAGCCAGGCACGACGCCCUGUGAAUUAUUGGAGCAAAUUCAACGAUUGGUGGCGAGCUGUACUCGAUGAGACUGGACGGCGUCCGGAGGCGGCGGCUAUUAACAAGUGGUACGAGGAGAACGCAGCAGACACAUGGGCGCCGCAUGAGAUGCCGACGGUCCUUGAGACGCGUGUGCACGCCAAGUGCCUGAGAAGUGUCGACGAGGUCAGGAACUACUUUCGGGCAUACCGGGCCCAGCGCAGGGCGGACGCUGUGCACGGCCGGGAUAACGGGCGUGACUGUGGCGAUGACGGGGACCCGGACGUGCCGGCGCCGCGGGGUGGCAGCCGUCGACCGGGCCCAACCAGCAAGAACGGCACGCACAAGAGCGGCGUGAACAAACUUGUGGCGAGCAGUGGGCGCAGCUCCCGCAGCCUGGGCGGCCGUGCGGGUAGCGGCCAGUACGGGACGGAGGACUAUGCGACCGGCACGGACAGCACGUGGCAGCAGCAGCACUCGCUGGACCAAACCAACAUGACGCACGUGACUGGGUCCUACGAGCAGCAGGGCGGCCACCUGUCGCUGCAGCACCCGCCGCUGCUGCUGCCGUCACAGCAGCACAAGGUGCGCAUUCACAUCCGGCCGCCCAGCGCCGACAGCGGCAGCGCCGGCGUAUCCAGUGAGGCCUUCACCGGCCCCAUGGGCCUGCUUCGGCAUCCGCCUCUGCAGCAGCACCUGCAGCACCAGCAGCACAAUUACCACCAGCAGCACCAGCACAUGCGGAACACGGCGCCGCUGCAGCACUCCCCCCCAGAUCAGGGUGGCGUGGAUGGCAAGGAGGGGCGCCCUGACGUGCAGGCGGGUGACAUGGCUUACAACACCGUGGAAGCGCCGUGCAGCAGCGUGAGCACUGCCUCGCUGGACGACCUGCUGCGGCUGCAUGACGAGAACGACAUGGCGCUGCAGGAUGACGCCGCCUACUGCGCCGCCAUGGGCCUGCAGCACCAGCAGCAGCGCGCCGGCCCCCAGGCCCACGGCGGUGCAGCCAACGCCAUCGGCAGCGCAGCCAACGCCAGCGGCGCCCCGCCUGCCGGCAGCCGUGGCGGCAGCGGUGGCCCGGAGGGCAUCAACCUCAAGCAGAUCAUGCAGCAACGGCAUGCAGCGCCCACGCUGCCGGGGCUGACGGACAACGUGCCGCGCCCGGGCAUGCACCCCAACCCGCAGCUGCAGAACCACCAGGCCUACCCAAUGCUGCACUCAUCGCAGGCACACUACGCACAACAUCACCAGUAUCACCAGCCCCAUCAGCAGCAGCAGCCGCAGCACCACCAGCAGCAGCAGCCGCAUCAGGGACAGCAGCAGAGGCAGGCACAGCAGCAGGCGCCGCCGCAGCAGCGCGCCCCUGCGAGCAUCGGCGACCUUGGUUCUAUCUGGGAUGAGCUGGACGGUACCACUGAGCCCACCAUCUACACGCAGCUCACGCUGUUACCUCGCACAAACAUCAAGACAGAGGCCCAGCAGGAUCCGUCUAACCAGCAGGAGCAGGCGGGCGCUGGCUUCGAGGCGCGGCAGCAUCAGCAGGUGCCGCAGAACCAACACCAGCACCGGCACCACCAACAGCAGCAGCCCAUGCAGCCCAUGCACAUGCAGCAGAUGCAACAGCACGGCGACAAGCCGGGUCGGGUUCUGUGGUCCCCGCUGCUUUCGGCGCGGCCUAUGCCUAUGGCACCGCAGCCGCCACAGCCGUAUGCGCAGAACGCUGGCAUGAUGCAGCACGCUGGCGGCAUGCAAGGCGCUCAGCCGGGCCUGCCGCAGAAGCAGAUGCAGCAGAAUGCGCAGCAGCCGCCUGCGCUGCCCCCCUUUCCCAGCGGCUGGGGCCUGCCCCCACUUGAGCAGCAGGGGCGCAUUUCGCUGAAUGGGUCCGCAGCAACGCCCAUGGACGGCGUGUCUUGUCAGCAGGACGCGGCAGGCUGGACGCACGACGCAGCGCCUCCGUUGCCGGAGGGCCUGCUCUUGGGCUCUGCCGCCGGCAACUUCAGCAACGGGCUGAGCGCGCUGCAGCUGAAGCCGGAGCCGCAGGAGCACAGCAAACAGUCUAAUCUGGGGCCGGUUGGGCGCUCCGGGUGUUCCAUCGUUGCUGGCCUGUCGCCGGAGCCCCAGGCGAUGGCCGGUAGCGCUCCACUCGGGCACGUGGAGCCACCCAUGUCCCAGCCCUCGCAGCCCGCUUCCGCGGCUGCGGUGCACAGCCUGUGGGCCAGCGAGCAGGGCUGUGACACGGAGAUGGUAACGUCGGCCGUGCCAGCACCGCAGGCGCCCCACAACACGCCAACCUGGUACACUCCACACAUGCAGCAGCAGCUGCCCAGCCAGCACCAUGACGCGGCACUGCAGCAGCGAUUGCAACAGUUGCAGAGCGCGGGUAGUUCUGGAUCUGCAGCACCCUCGCCAGUUCCCACGCCCACCGGUCCUCCCAGCGUGUCGGGCCCGGGUGCUGGACAGCCUGCGCACUCGCCAAGCCUGCCCGCAGCUCAACAACUGCAGCAGCCGCAGCACUUUCCAGUGGCGCCAGUGCCGCCACUACCGCCCCUGCCGCCGUUCCCUCCCCGGUACCAGCCACAGCAGCCGCCGCAGCAGUCAGCGGGGCCCACGCCGCAGCCCUCGCAGCCGCUUGUCCAGCACCAUCGCUCCUCGAGUAGCAAUUCCGGCAUGAUGACGCCUGCCUGGGCCAGCCAGCCUCUGGCCCAUGUGCCUCGGCCGCCUAGCACCUCUUCAACUUGCAGCUGGCAGUCCGUGCCCUCAGCCCCGGCGUCCGUACAGCAGCCGCUGCCGGUGCCGCCCUCUGUCCCCAGCUCAACAGCGUUGGGACCCUUCAACAUGGGCGCGGCGCGCGUCAACUCCUGGUCAGGCACCCAAGAGGCCAGCCAUGGCAACGGCUCCGGCAGCUUGUCCAGGCCCUUCGACAUACCGGGGAUGUCGCAGCAGCUGCAGCACCCCACGGCACUGAGCCAGGCGCAGCAGCAACAGCAGGUGCAGCAGCAAACUUUCCAGUCGGCUUCAGGUGCCAGGCCCGGGUGUGCCAGCACUGGUUUCGCCCAGCAGAACCCGGCUGCCUGCAUGCAGCAGCAGGCACCUGCAGCCCCUGUAACCAACUCGCCUGCGCGCGUCCGCCGCCACAGCCAGCCCGGCCCGGAUGAGCACUCGCGCCUGGCGUACCUGCAGAUGCAACGGCACUCCAUGCAGGAAAUGCUGGAGGCCCAGCAGCAACAGUCGCAGCAACAACUCCCGCAGGCACCGCCAACAAUGCUGCCCCCGUCGAACAGCCUACCCUGCGUGCUGCCUGACAUCCGCACGUCCAUGGCCGACGCCAAAGCCAACUCGCAAGCGCACGGCAGUUGCAGCAGCGACGGACAGACGCCUGCAAUGGGGCGGCACGUGGUGACCACUGGCAAUGGCAUGCGGCCCCCGCUCAUGCGCACCCUGUCUGCACCGCCCAGUGAGACGCCCGGUGCCAACGCCGGCACUAGCGGUCCCUUCGGAGACGCGGCCCCAGCGGUUCAAGGCCAAGGGGGAAGCGGAUCGGGCAUGGCGCUGCCUGGCGUGACGCCACGGAACCAGAUGUUACAGGCCGCAGGCGCCGGCGGCGGGUUUGGAACGCCGGGGCUUGGCAUCACCAGCCCGGCAGGCUGGGGUGACAGCGCUCUCGCGGAGCUGGAGGGUGACUCGGCAUGGCUGCGAAACAUGCUCGCCCCCGACUCCAUGGCGGCGUCGCUGUGGGGCUGAUGCCGCCCAACAGCAGCAGGGGACUGCAGCUGUUGCGUGGUAGCCGCGGCCGUGGGCGGCAGCCAGAGCGUGUGGUGAUGGUGACGUAUUUCUUAAGUACAACCAUUAGAUGAGUAGAGAAUGCGUUGUCUGAAUAAGCAGGCAUCCCGGCAGCAGCAGGUGUGCUUUCUCGUUGGCGGUUGCCCUGUAGGGUGCAAGUGUGCAAGACCCCCGUAACUUAAGGUAAACUAAGCACCCGUAUGAGAGAAACAUAGGUGCAUACCGCAGGUACCGAUUGCGGUUGGGUUUGACAGCAGAUUAUCUAAACGCGGUUACCUAGAUGGCCAUAGUGGAAGUGACGUGUUGCCCAGGUUUGGUUAGUUGUAGGUGCGCACGCUGCCAUUCUGGGUAUAGGUCCAGCUUGCCUUGUACUUUUGCUCAUAAUGCGUUUACCAUUCAUGCUUCUGGCCAUGCAUGGCUUGUCCCCGGGCGCCGGGGCACGUGUGAGAUUAAGGUGAGGUCAUUGCCAAGGGUCACGGUUGUUGAAAGGGUGUGCCAAGCAGGAGUCCCGUAGUGGUGUGCGUGGGGUUAUGAGAUAUCGGCCCGAGAGAGCAGUGCAGAUCAUCAGAAGUGCUUGUUGAAUGGACUCGGGCUGGCUCUUACCAGCGUAGGCGUUUGCAGUGGCUGAGUUCAGUUUGUGACCUUACGCACGGAUGGGGGUAACGCGCCAACGCGCAUAGUCUGCAGGUUUUGGUGUUGUGGUGUCUUACUGGGACGUCACCCGCUGCUGCUUGUCAUUAUCGCAGUGAAAUUGAAAUGGGUGAAACUGGGGAAAUUGUGGCGCUGCCAGCGGUGAGGGGCGCUGAUGCUACUAUGCGGAAUUUGCGGAUGCAGCUGUACUGCCAGUACCAUUGUUGGUUGACCAGCAUCCGACCAGUAGCUCUGCAUUGACGGACUUCAGCUCUCUGCAAGUCUUCCCAUGCCUAGGGGCCGAAGCAGUCUGCAACACACUUGAUACAGCGUUCUACGGUUAAAUUCGGGGACUGUGACCGCGGCCUCUUGCGGGCCUCCCCACCCACCC